AUGGCCCCAGUCGCAGUCGAGCCAGUCGUCCCGGCCGUCCUAAAUGGCAAAGUCGGUGACCCGGCUGCACGAGUCGAUUCUUUUGAUGCCUCGUCUACCAACGCCCAGGAGCUGUCUAGCUCUAUGAAGCGGAACGGCGUCGUCUAUGUACGCAACUUGAUCAGCAAGGAUGACAUGGAUACCGUGGUUCAGGAAAUGAGGCCCCACCUCGACGACGACACUCCAUGGGAUGGUGUAUGCUUUCCUCCUCAGACGAAGCGUCUGUGCGGUAUCGUAUCAAAGUCUGAGACCUUCCGCAAGAAAGUGGUCAUGAAUCCGCUAUGGCUCGCUCUUUCGGACGAGACGUUGAGCAUCACAUCAUCAGCAUGGUUCGGUGAUAUCAAAGCCGAAAGCGUCUCGCGCCCUGUGUUGGGCGGCACCGUGUGCUUUCGAGUCUGCCCUGGAGCGACCGCACAAGGGCUGCAUCGAGACAGCAUGGCUCACCAUUUGAAAAACCCUCGCAUAACCGCCGACAAGUAUACCUUUGAGCGUGAGGUCAGCAUCUCCAUGUUCCUGGCUGGUACCAAGACUACGAAAGAGAACGGAGCCACCCGUUUCUGCCCUGGUUCGCAUCUCGAGGCGAACGAGGAGAAGCCCAAUGAGGAAAACGCACUCUAUGCGGAGAUGGAGCCAGGUGAUGCCUUGAUUAUGUUUUCAUCUGUUUACCACGCCGGGUCUGCCAACAUGAGCCAGGAUGAAGAAAGACUAGUCUUCGCCACCUUUAUGAAUAGAGGGAUUUUGCGAACUGGUGAAAACCAAUACCUCACUAUUCCGACUGAACAGGCCGCCAAAUGGUCAGACGAGGAGCUGACCGUAUGCGGCUAUGCUCAAAGCCAACCUUUCCUCGGUUUUGUCGAGUUCAUGGAUCCGAUGGCGGCGAUCCGAGGUGAUAAGGGGGGUAAGCGGUAUGAUAUCACGGACCAGAAAGUUAUAACGUAA